GGAGGAUGAAGAUGCAAGCCGAGGGGAUCCGCGAGGGCGAGCUGGAGAAGCGCAGCGACAGCCUCUUCCAGCUGUGGAAGAAGAAGCUGGUGGUGCUCACCAAGGACAGCCUGAGCCUCUUCCCCGACGGGCACAAGCGCGCCAAGGGCAAGGAGCUGGGCUUCGGCUCCAUCCUCAAGGUGGACUGCGUGGAGCGCACGGGCAAGUACAUCUACUUCACCAUCGUCACCAAGGACCGCAAGGAGAUCGACUUUCGGUGCCCGGACCAGAGCUGCUGGAAUGCCUCGAUCACCAUGGCCCUCAUUGACUUCCAGAACAAGCGCGCCAUCCAGGACUUCAAGAGCCGCCAGGAGCUGGAGCAGGCGGCGGGCACCCAGGAGCGGCGGCUGGCCCGGGCACCCUGAGCCCCUGCCGUGCACCCGAGCAUACUGCUGGCUGAUAACAAGAUCAAGUGUCUUGGACUGAAAUGGAACAGGGUACCAAUGAAGGAAAGCGAAGACGGAAGCUGGAAGCAGCUUGGUUUUUCACCAAGCCUGGUUGAGGCUGCUGAGCAAAGAGCCCCGAACUUUGCCUGAGAUGCAUAAAAAAA